AUGUCAUUGUCAAGUGGGACUGCCAAAUCUAAUGGCCAAUGCCAAUCAACUCCUAGAAGUUCACCUGAAGAAGAAUUUCUUCGCCACCGGGGGCUACCUGAAGCCGCGGAACACCUGGAUCCCCAAUUACUUACACCUGAUUGUGAAGGCAGACAACACAUUCCUUCCGUUGAGUUCAUUGGAGCCAGACAACGCAGUCCCUCCGUCGAGUUUAUUGGAGCCAGACAACGCAUAUUAAACCCAAGCCCUCGUCAACAGCAAGAGAUAGAAAGGCUUCAAGAGUAUCAACGCAGGCAGCAGGUCAAGGAAAAAUGGCGUCAGAUCGUCCACUCAAUCCAAAAUAAGCGCCGAGAGGAGUUCUAA